UCUGGCACAGAGGGGGGGAGCAGGGGAACAUAGCACAAGUCCUGGGGGCGGUUUGAGCUGAAAGUAUUCCACCGCCCGACUUCCAUCGACAUUCCUCCGUGUGUGCGGCCCACAGAGCGGAGCCAAGGCGGGUUUACGGUGCGUAAUUACGCACGGGUACACGACGGAUCCGCGCUGUUGCCGGCUGUGGACACCGGCGGACAAAGGGAAGAAGGCGAGCGGGCUGGAGUACAACAACUGACUUGAGAGGAGGAGUACUGCUGGAGGGGGGACGAGGGGAUCUGGAGUCGGAAGUGAUUUCUCUUCUUUGUUUCUUCAUAAAUGCAACUUACGCUUCAGGAUCUCAGAUGAGAAAAUAAUCGAGUUUGGAGACGCAGAGGAAAACGGACGGAAAGAGUUCGUGAGUGGAAUCUUUCCCUUAAACCAGCAUCCAGGUCCUCGGAGCAUGGGAGGAGUUGUCUUCGAGCUGUAAAAUGUACCCGCUACACCGAGAGAGGGAGCAGCCCAUCUUCAGUGCCAGAGCUCAUGUCUUCCAGAUUGACCCGGCCACCAAACGCAACUGGCUGCCGGCCAGCAAACACGCCGUCACCGUGUCCUUCUUCUACGAUGCCAGCCGCAGCGUCUACCGCAUCAUCAGCGUGGGUGGGACUAAAGCUAUCAUCAACAGCACCAUCACCCCCAACAUGACCUUCACCAAAACCUCCCAGAAGUUUGGCCAGUGGGCGGACAGCCGGGCCAACACCGUGUACGGCCUGGGCUUCUCCACCGAGCAGCAGCUGCAGCAGUUUGCAGAGCAGUUUAAAGAGGUGAAGGAGGCGGCUCGUCUGGCCAGAGAGAAAUCCCAGGAGAGGUUUGAACUGGCCAACCCUGCACUCAGCAUUGCAGCUCCACAGCUCUCCCAGGAGUUGUCGGAGGAGCGACAUUCGCCGCCGCUGCUGACCGUUAAUGGGCCGGGCGAGGAGAAGCUGUUUCGCAGUAAAAGCGCCGAAGUGGAGCUGACGGCAGAGAAGGAGAGGGUCAAGAAGAUGUUGUCUGAAGGGUCCAUGUGUGAGAUAAACCUGGAGGCUGAACUCUUCACCCUGCAGGACAGUAAUGCCAAACUGGUGGAGGCACUGCAGGAAGCCAACGGUAGCGUGGAGCAGUGGAAGAAACAGCUGGCUGAAUACCAGGAGGAGACGGAUCGCCUGCGAGACCAGGUGGAGGAUCUGGAGGCCCAGCUGGGGCAUCCUGCUGCCACUCAGACUGGUAGAGAGGAGCUGAACCGCUCACUGGAGGAGCUGGAGGCCCUGCUGAGUGCCAGAGACCAGGAAAUUCACAAUCUACAGAGCAAGAAAACAGAUGUGGGUGAGCUGGAGAGGGAGAGAGAAGACGCCAUGCAGAGACUCCAGGAUCUAGAGAGACGAAACACUGAGCUGGAGGACCGGGUUCAGAGCGCCGAGAACACACUGGCCUCCAGCCAGGAGGAACGGGAGCAGGCGGAGGUCGAGGUCAGACGCAUCAUCGAGGCUCUGGACGUCAAAAUCUGUGACCUGAAGGACCUGAGACAGAGCUUAGAGAAACUGGUUGACAAAUAGCCUCAGUUAUGCGGUUGGGCUGCAUCUCCACAGUCAGAGCCCGUCUCCUUCAUGUGGCCUUGAUUUGUGGAAGAGAAGGAAUCAAAGCAAUAUGAAUCAAGGAGGGAAACAUACAGGCCUUUACCUUCAUGGAACAUUUUUUUUAGGAUCGGUGCAGGAAAACACACAAAUCAGAAACCUCUUACAGGUGCAGAAUAAUCCAUCUGCACCGUGCAUCAUUGCCACUUUAUCCUUGGAAUAAUUAUCAUAAACAUAAUUAGGUUUGGUCUAAUUGGCCACUGCUACUUGUUUUUACAUUUCAUAAUUCCCACCAGCUGCACGUCCUUCAGUCCCUCAAUCCUGAAGAGCAUGAAAUUAUGUUUUCAUCCUCCAUCACUGACAACUCAUUUAAAAUAGUUGAGGUCCAAUAGCUCUGGAAUAACAGCGCCCUCCUCCUCAUUUUGAUGUCAUAGCAGCGAGGUGUGAACGGAUAAAACCUGACCUGGUGGUUAAUGGAAUAAAAAAGUACUGAGCAGAAGCUGAAGGACCCUUUAAGUCUUUUUCAGCAGAGGUCUCAUGUUUUUAUGGUUAUUAUAGUGAUGCCUCAAAAUGAAUGAUGAAUUUUUCCCAGCAAUACACAGUUCUGCACAGAGCACCUUUAAAGGAGGAUUUGGUGUUUUGCAAAGACACUUUCAACACGUUCCAGAGUAUUUUCUACAUGCUCGUUAGUUUUUUUGUGUUAUCUAUUAUUAUUUAAUACAAAAUCUAUUAUGACCUGCUUCUCAAUUUCUUGGCUUAUUAUUUUAUUGACGGAAGAAGCGAGAGGAGGAGCAAGACUUGGGAACAAUUAAAAACUAACAGCCUGUCAAACUAACAGCAGGAGUUGCAUCAGGGAUGGUAUGGUUGAAAAAUAAAGUUUUAUGGACGAUUACAUUUUAUACCUCUUCUAAACAUUAAUACUUCAUAAUUCUGGACACUAAGUUCAUAGACACCUCAGUGACUGCCCAUAAAGUACAGUGCAGUUUGCAGAAAGCCCUUCACAUUAAACCAGAGGCUCACUCAUAAUAUGAAUCUAGCUUUUCUCAUAAUGUUUCCAGUAAAUCUUAAAAAGUUAGCGUUAGUGUGGCAAUUACAAAAUAAUCAGGCUAUACAAGAAACACGACCACUUUUGUACAAUAACAAGCUUGAGUUUCUUUUGGCUUUAACACUGUGGAGAUGCACUCAGCAGGAGUUUGGUUGUGGUAAGGACACAUGGAGACAAAGACCCUGAAUAAAGUCAGUUCCAGUUCACCAUCAGCAGCCUGGACCACUGCACCAACAUUAACACAAGAGAAGCAAAACAACCUGCUCCCAUUCUGUUCUGAGGAUCGCCAGCAGGCAACCAUUGUAAGGACUGCCUGUCUCUCACCUCUUCCUCCAUCAUUCAGGUUCAUCAAUGAGUUACUCACAGUCAAGGUGGGACAUCAAGCUGCAGCUGGUAGAUUGGUCCUCUCAUCCGGCCUCUGACAGGUUGAUCAGCUUUUUAACACAUCACUCUGGCCUCGGGACAAAGAUUCUGGCUUUUCCACCCUGAUGCUGAUGAGUUGAGACUGGGACUGCACUUGAUAAUGUCUGUGCCAACUUUAAUUUUGUCUACUUUGUUGUUUACGAGUUUAUUUCUUGUUCUCUGUUCACACAAAUGAUCCUGUUCUACUUUAUGUACUUUGUGUUUCAUGACAUUAUCGUUUACCAUUAUAGUAAUAAUAACCCUAAGGCUUAGUGAAGCAGCAGAGCGUAGAUCAUUAGAGAGCACUGCAUGAGCUCUGCAGAAGCCCCGUACCUGCCAAGGAAUGUGACGCAUGCGUGUGUGCACAUUACUUAGCAGCGUGCUACCUCGAGUUAAAAAAGCACAACUGCAGUAGUUUUAGCGACUGGGUACUUAAUUGACUUGUCCGUCAAGCUUUGUAUGUGAAAUUCUGAUGUACACUAUUGAUCUUUGCUUCUCACCCUCUGAUGAGUUAUUGAUUUCUUCACAUGACAGUAAUGUAGGUACAGUUAAGGUGCAGUUCAUCACAGCUGAUGAUGCAGUAGCUUCCAGGAAGAUAACAAACAUGUCCGAAUGUGAUCUAAGCAGGUCAGAAGACUAAAUCUGUCAAUGUAGUAAAUUGCUGGUCACCGUUGUAGCAUUAUUACACUGACCUGAGAUUAACACAUUGUGAGCUUCUACCAUUUUCUACUGAUGGUGUAUUUAUUACUCUCUUGCAGUUUCUUUGAGAUUUUCUCAUGUGCAGUUCCAAAUGAUCACCUCAGCUAUUUCAACAAACCUAAUACAGUAAUAAUGUUAAUACUGCAUUGAUUUAUGGUUUUAAGACUUCAUCACUUCCACAGUCACUACACUAUCUGGCAUUUUGGGCAUCAGCUGCUACAUGCGAGUAUAUCACUGAAUCAGCAAUAAAGUUUUUUGCAUAGAUGCCUGUUCAUUGUCAAUUGUAGGUUAUGUCCUUGUUUGUUUUUUCCUCAAGUCUUUAAAGAUUAGAGUUGAUCAUUAUCAGCUUUUUUUAAAUCAAACACAGAGAAGAUUCAGACAUUCUCCACUGCACCAGCUCACUGCUACUGUCAGAAACACUCGGCUUCACAACAGCCUUAUUCCAGUGUAUAGUUACCCCACAACAACACUGUGAAUACAUUAGAACUUUCUGUUUACACAGAAAGAGGAAAUGCUCUCCACCUAUCUAGACACAACGUCCCCUGACCUGAGAUGUUGUGGGAGCAGAAGUGACAGAUUUUUUUCCUUUCAAGAUGAAUUCAUGUAUAAUUAAAAUAGCGCAAUAGCACAUUAGUGUUUAUGAUCAGGUGUGUUCUACUUUAACAUUAAAAUGUUAGCUCCAUCUUUAGUAUUAGUGUCCGUACACGAUAAUUGGACAAAUCCACCUCAUAUUUCAGACUAUUUGGGAGCAAGAUUCUGGUGAUAUUACACUUUGUCUCCAUGAAACUUAAAUAUAGCUCCUUGCAACUCCUCUAAUAUAGAUUUGUUAGUAUAAUGGUUUCUGCCCCUUAUUAGGACCAUGACAGAAUGAGUUGUUGGAAAUAAAGGAAAUCAUAAGCUCAAACAGGCCACAAAACUAAAUAUACACUGGAAUAAGGGGCUUUAUAAUAUCUGUUGCCAGCAGUACCAAAGAUGCACCACUGUCAUUCUACAGCCAACUGGAAUAAACACACAACUUCUGUAUUUUGACGAACUUUCAUCUCCAUUUGAUUAUUAAAAUGAAGUUUGUUUUGUAAUUGCUCAGUGUCCCACAACGUCUGACCGUUCAUUAAGAUGCAAAAUACCUCAAAAUACUUCAGUUAGUUUCAUUGAAGUAAUGGUGAACUCAACAAGACCACAAGAAUUUCUGAAUUUGAGGACAGCGGGUGUUUGUAUGGGAUCUGACUAUGUGAGAUGUGUUCCUUAUAUUUGUACUGACCUGUUUAAACAUAAAAAAAAAAA